AUGCCCAAACAGCAGUUCAUAGCCGCCCGCAGCUCGAGGCACCGAAUUGCUGUCAUAGCCCUCUUCCGCGCCCUCCUUCGGGAAGGCCGCGAGGUGACGCUCCCCCAGGAUGUCUGCAGGAAGGGAAAGAACCCCGUGCCGGAUCUCAUCAAGAGGGGCUUCCAGCGCAACAAGGCGGACGUGAGCCCGCGGCUGAUCUUUGCUGCGCUGUCGGCGGGAUAUAAGUUUCUUACCUUUUUCAAAAACGCACGAGUCCCCGAGUCGAAAGAACAAGCCGAGAUAAUCACCUACCUCCGCCAAAAGAAUGAGCACAUCGCCCGCGCCGAAGCGAAAAAGCGGCCCGGAAGGAAACCCCGCGACCCGGCGACCCCGCCCCCGAAACCCGUCCUCCAGAGGAUCUCGGCGGACGGAGAGGAGCCCAAGUACGUCUCCCGUCUGUUCCCGCGGCCGCGCGACAGCUUCGAGGGACGGAGGAAGAUCCCGCAAGUCAUCGUCACGGCGCAGGGGCACACGUUCCUCCGCCACAAGCGGCCGCAGCCGCGCGUGGUCAGCGACAUCCUGCGCCGCAAGACGUGGCGCAAGGCACGGAUCAAUGAGGUCAGCAUCGAGAUGACUGAGUGCGACUAUGCGGCGGCCCGGGAGGAGGACGAGUGGGAUAGGUUGGUGGACGAGCAGUUGAGGGCUGCGGGGCAGCAUAGUCGCGUGGACCACAGUCCGUCAACGUCGACUUACUACCAAUCGGUGCAGGAUUCGUACUACCAUAUGAUUGGGCAAAUUGACGCAGAACGGCGGAACGAGUUGGCCAGGGCGAAGGCGCUGAUUGAGGCUGUGAAAGGGGAGGAGGAGAUGCUGGCUCAGGAAGUGGAGGAGGCGAGGAAGCGUGGGGUGAGGACUGUGCCGACUGUGAUUGAGAAGCUUCGGCCGUACAUGAAGCAUCGAAAGUUGAGAAAGGAGACGAAGUUGAAAAGGUUCAAGAAGAAGAGAGUGGACAGAUGGAGAGGGAGUCUUGGGGGCUUGGAGCCUGGUCCGGUCAAACCUUCCAAGGAGACAGCAUAG